AUCAUUUAUCCAUCAAAGUCUUCUACUUCAUCUUUUUUGGUGACUAAAUAGGAUCGCCAGGAAAAUGGCGUCUUUCUGUUUCACUGCAAUUCUCAGCUCUUUGGUUUACUCCAUCGCGUUUCUCAAAUCAACCACUGGAGCAGAUCAUUCACUUUUCAACAACCAAACCCUUGCUAUUGGCCACACUUUGGUUUCUGAGACCCAAGUUUUUGAGCUCGGGUUUUUCCGCCCUGGAAAAUCAACGAAUUUGUUCUUAGGGAUAUGGUACAAAGCCAUACCUGAUACAGUAGUUUGGGUUGCAAACAGAAACAAUCCCAUCACUGAUUCACAAGGAGUCGUCUUCGCCGUUGCUGGAAACGGCACUCUCCUUAUAAGCACAAGUGGAAGCGUUAUCUGGUCGGCGAAUCCAUCAACGGCGGCAUCGCGUCCAGUUGUACGGCUCCUAGAAACUGGAAACCUAGUUGUUGUGGACGAGGCGACGGAGGAAGGCUUCUACUUAUGGCAGAGUUUUGAUUUCCCCACUGACACGUGGCUAUCAGGGAUGAAGAUGGUAGAUGACCUUGAUGCCGGCGUUAGCACGAACUUGACAUCAUGGAGAAAUUGGGAUGAUCCUUCGCCCGGAGAUUUCUUCGCGAAGAUCGAGAGCCAUGCCAUGGGUGAGAUGGUGAUUUACAGAGGCACAAGGAAGAGAUUUCGAACUGGAAAGUGGAAUGGCAUUUAUUUCAACGGUAUGCCUCGCUUCCGCAGUACUGUCCCCGCAACUGAAUUGAUCUUCAAAGAAGAGCGGUUGAUAUCUAUCAAAAUGCCUUAUCAAAGCUCAAUUAUCGUACGAGCAACAUUAGACGUAUCUGGCUCAGUCCUCCACUAUAUUAUGAAUCCAGGGAAGGAUAGGUGGAAUCCUGUGUACCCGUUUCCACGAGACGAAUGCGACGAGUAUGCUUACUGCGGUCCCAACGCCAUCUGCGCGGUUGAGAAGGCACAGAGAUGCGAGUGUUUCAAAGGAUUUUCCCCCAAGUUUAGGAAGGAAUGGGAGCUUCAAGACUGGUCUAAUGGAUGUGGUAGAGUUAGGGCGUUGAAUUGCGAGAGUGGAGAUGGCUUUGUAGAGGUUAGAGGGGUGAAGUAUCCUGAUAUGCUGAGAUACUGGUUGAAUACUAGCAUGAGCCUUGAGCAGUGCAAAGCUGAGUGCUUGAAAAACUGUAGCUGCACCGCCUAUGCUCAUCCAUACAUAAGUAAUGGAGGCAGAGGCUGCUUGAUGUGGUAUGGGGAUCUCCUUGAUGCCAGAGAGCUUCCUGCAACACAUGUUCUGCAUAAAAUCUAUAUUCGCCUACCACUUUCAGAACUAGAUUUUAACUCCAAUUUGGAGACGAAGAAAGCGCCAACAAAUUUAAUACUAAUAUCAAUUGCUACUGGAGUAAUUGUCUCGAGUUUUAUCAAUGGAGGUUUACUUAUACUGACAAGAAGGAAUAAGCGAGCACUAAAGAGGAAUAACGAGGAUAUAGAAUUGCCUUUGAUCAAAAUGGCAGCUAUUCUAGAAGCAACAAACAAUUUCUCCAAAGAGAACAUGAUAGGAUUAGGAGGUUUUGGUCCUGUUUAUAAGGGCAAUCUGUCAGAAGGAGAAGAAGUCGCAGUCAAAAGAUUGUCAAAAACUUCUGGGCAGGGUCUUGAAGAGUUCAAGAAUGAAGUCGUGUUGAUUGCCAAGCUUCAACAUAGAAACCUCGUCAAGCUUCUUGGAUGUUGCAUUGAAGAAGAGGAAAUGAUGCUAAUAUAUGAAUACUUACAGAAUAAGAGCUUGGAUAAUUUUGUUUUUGAUCAAGAUCGAAGGAAAAUUUUGACAUGGCCUAAGCGCUUUGACAUUAUCAUGGGAAUCGCAAAGGGACUGCUUUAUCUCCACCAUGAUUCCAGGCUCAAGAUUAUCCACCGGGAUCUCAAAACAAGUAACAUUUUACUAGAUGCAAGUUUAAAUCCAAAAAUAUCAGACUUUGGCUUAGCAAGAACGUUUGAAGAGGAUCAAUGUCUAUCUAGAACAAAGAGAGUUGUUGGAACAUAUGGCUACAUGGCUCCAGAAUAUGCAUUUCAUGGGAAAUUCUCUGUGAAGUCUGACAUCUAUAGUCUUGGAGUGGUACUGCUAGAGAUAAUAAGUGGGAAAAAGAUAAGAGGAUUUCAACACAACGAUCAUCAUCAUAGCCUUCUAGGCCAUGCAUGGAUGCUAUGGAAAGAGAAGAGCAUUAUGAAAAUGAUGGACGAAUGUUUGAUGGCAACAUGUGUUGAAUCUCAAGUGACGAGAUGCAUACAUGUGGGGUUAUUAUGUGUUCAAAAUUUCGCAGAAGAUAGACCAAUCAUGCCAUCAGUGGUUUUAAUGUUAGCAAGUGAUGGAGCACUCCUGCCUGAACCUAAUGAGCCGGGAUAUUACAUUAACGGGAGUUGUAGCCCUUCACGAAGCUCUAAAUCACCUUGUAUAAAGUCCGAGAAUGGCACACUUACCUUUACCGACUUGGAGGCCAGGUGAGAGAUUGCUACCUAAUUGCUCUAAUGUAUUUGAGUUCCUAGAUCAGCCACCUGGUUGGUUGGAGCUUCUAUGUUUAUGUUCAGAUUGAGAGUUGUAUAAUUUGUAGAUGUAAGAUAAAUUACAGAAGUUCAAGUCUAGAAAGAUAGAUCAAAAGAUAGCAUAUGAUUUGCUAGUUUGUUUCUAACUUUGGUCUUCCAGCUGUAAAUGUUUCUAA